AUCACAGGUCCUUCAGCCUUUAGAGUGUGAUAUCUGCAUCUGCAGCUAUGUUCCUGUCCUACUGGAAAUAUAACCAGUUCCUGAUGUCCCAGCUGUGGUGCAGGGUUUGGUGCUUUGCUGCUUGAUGCUGCUUUGCUGAUACUGAUCUAGAUCAAUAUCUUCUACACAUGCACAGUGGGUUCCUCGGAAGUUUCUGGGACAAUGGACAUAAAAAACGACAAGAUUGUUGGUAGAAUAUUAAAUCUAACCCUUGAGGUCAUCUAUCUGCUGACUGGAGAGGGGUAUAUUUUCACAAAAAAGACAUUUGAUGAUCAUGAGACCUGUGGUAAAAGUUCUGGAGGAUGGAACAGGACUCCGAACCCCAUCACUGUGCCUUCUUCUCACUUGUUGACACUCGAGAAAAACAAUGAGCAGAAAAUUUUAAAACUCACUAACAAGAUUGUACAUCUUCUAACAGGAGAGGUGUGGGAAUAUUUAGAAGGACAGAAGGAUCUAUCUAAGGACAUUAUAGAAAAUGACCAGUCCUUCACUUCACAGGAUGGAACCAGUAGGAACAAUACAUCAGUUAAAUGUCCUAGUCUUUUUUCUGAGGACUGUCCAAAGGAAGAUCAUGAUAACCCACAAGACUGUCAGGUAGAAUGGAAUGGAGAUAUCAAAGAUGAAGACUUGAUUAAUAUUAAAGUUGAAGUACUAGAAGAAGAGGUGUAUGAAAGGAGUGAUGAGCAGCACAAAGUGGAAACACCUUUACCUAUUAGCCCUGGAGAUGGAAAGAAUAGCAGGGCUGUUGCCGAAGAAGGUCGUAUUUUAUCUACUGUUUAUGACCUGAAAGAAAAAGACCUUGCAGUGACUGAGGAAAAUCAGGUUCCUUGUGGAGCAGAUGUACUAUGUAAUAGCUCUGUCCACAGAAAAAAUCUUUCUGAUACUACAAAUAUUGAUGCACAGUGUACAUAUCAUUCAUGCAGUGACUUGUUUCCAUGUUUUGAUUGUUUUACAAAAAAUACAAAUUUUAUUCCACAAGAGACAAUUGACAUAAGCAAAAAUGUAUUCUCAUGCUCUGCCUGUGGAAAAUCCUUUACCAAGAAAUCAAAUCUGGUCCGUCAUCAGGUUAUUCAUACAGGUGAAAAGCCAUUCCCCUGUAAUGAAUGUGGGAAGUGCUUCAAAACAAAAAGUGAUCUAGCCAAGCAUAAGAAAACGCACACGGGGGAGAAACCUUUUUCAUGCAUUGAAUGUGGAAAACGUUUCUCGGGUAAAUCUAACCUUUUCUAUCAUCAGCUCAUCCACACGGGAGAGAAACCAUUUCCAUGUUCUGAGUGUGGCAAAUGCUUUACACGUAAACAACAACUCCUUGUUCAUCAGAGGACACACACAGGGGAGAAACCAUUCCGAUGUUUGGAAUGUGGGAGAUCUUUCAGUAAUAAAUGUGAUCUUGUUUUCCAUGAGAAGACCCACACUGGUGAGCGACCGUUUUCAUGUUCCAGAUGUGGGAAAAGUUUUAUUCGUAAGUUUCGUCUUGUUCAUCACUUAAAAACUUGUAGACAUGAGGAGUCCUAAUUAUGGAAACACACACCUCAUUAAAUAUCACAGUAAGCUCUAAAGUCAAAGCCAUUCCCACUUUUUUAAUUCUUCCUAUACGCUACUGGGUCAUUCGUCAAAUAAACUUGUAGACUCAAUCAGAAUAAAGAAUCAUGUAAGUAGAAAUGAAACGUGUACGACGCUCAUUCAGCUUAACCACCUCCCGACCGCCUAACGCAUGGAUGUGUCUGGAAGGUGGUUGAUUCAUUCCUCCUGGACGCAUCCGUGCGUCAUCUCGCGAUAGCCGAG